AUGAAAAGUCGAGCCGAGCUAGAAAAGGAUCAGUCCGAAGUCGUAAGACCCAAAGUAAUUGUUUCGGUUCUGAGAUUCCGCUCCAGGCACCGUGCAGCGAGUGGACGGAUGAUCACGUCCCAAAAGGGUGGAUGGCAGGGAUGGCGGACAGCAGUUGGUGGUACAACGGUGAGGAACGGUCCAGUGAGGCAGCGGGGCGACCGUGCUUCAACUUCCAAGGUUAUUAUCGGAAACCACCAAUCCUGGCAACUGGUUUUCGGGCAGGUCUUCGGUCGCCUCGCAGCUGACUGCUGA